CAGCCUUUUCCUUGGUCGCGGUGGCUCUGGCUCCCUUUUCCUCUGGGUCUGUCGAAGUCGGUAGGUGCUUCACUCUCAGCUCAGAGGGCCACAAAAUAACACAGCUCUCUUUGUCUCUUCUCUGUACUAGGCUUUCUGUUCCUCAAGCUCUUCAGCUCUGCCUCUCCCCUCUCUCUCGGACUUUGGCAAUACUGUACGGACCUCACUGUGUAACUCCCAGAGAUCACCCUCCUGAGCGCUGCUGGGCUUACAGCCUGAAGCUCUUGGCGGGCUCCAUUGCCCCAAUUAGCUCAGAGAUGGCAGUUCCCACCAACUCCUGCCUCUUGGUCUGUCUGCUCACGCUCACUGUCCUACAGCUGCCCAUGCUGGACUCGGCAGCUCCCUUCGAUGUAACCGCACCUCAGGAACCAGUGUUGGCCCUAGUGGGCUCAGAUGCCGAGCUGACUUGUGGCUUUUCCCCAAACGCGAGGUCGGAAUACAUGGAGCUGCUGUGGUUUCGACAGACUAGGUCGCCAGCGGUACUUCUAUACCGGGAUGGUCAGGAGCAGGAGGGCCAGCAGAUGACGGAGUACCGCGGGAGGGCGACGCUGGCGACAGCCGGGCUCCUAGACGGCCGCGCUACUCUGCUGAUCCGAGGAGUCAGGGUCUCAGACCAGGGGGAGUACCGGUGCCUUUUCAAAGACAAUGACGACUUCGAGGAGGCCGCCGUACAUCUCAAAGUGGCUGCUGUGGGUUCAGAUCCUCAAAUCAGUGUGACGGUUCAAGAGAACGGAGACAUGGAACUGGAGUGCACCUCCUCCGGAUGGUACCCAGAGCCUCAGGUGCAGUGGAGAACAGCCGACAGAGAGAUGCUACCAUCCACAUCAGAGUCCAAGAAGCAUAAUGAGGAAGGCCUGCUCACUGUGGCAGCUUCGAUGAUGGUCAGAGACAGCUCCAUAAAGAACAUGUCCUGCUGCAUCCAGAAUAUCCUCCUUGGCCAGGGGAAGGAAGUAGAGAUCGCCUUACCAGCUCCCUUCGUGCCAAGGCUGACUCCCUGGAUAAUAGCUGUGGCUAUGAUCUUACUGGUCUUAGGAUUUCUCACCAUUGGGUCCAUAUUUUUCACUUGGAAACUAUACAAGGAAAGAUCUGGUCUGCGGAAGAAGGAAUUUGGCUCUAAAGAGAGACUUCUGGAAGAACUCAGAUGCAAAAAGACUGCACUGCAUGAAGUUGACGUGACUCUGGAUCCAGACACAGCCCACCCCCACCUCUUCCUGUAUGAAGAUUCAAAGUCAGUUCGAUUGGAAGAUUCACGUCAGAUCCUGCCUGAUAGACCGGAGAGAUUUGACUCCUGGCCCUGUGUGUUGGGCCGUGAAACCUUUAUUUCAGGGAGACAUUAUUGGGAGGUGGAGGUGGGAGAUAGAACUGACUGGGCCAUUGGUGUGUGUAGGGAGAAUGUGAUGAAGAAAGGGUUUGACCCCAUGACUCCUGACAACGGGUUCUGGGCUGUGGAGUUAUAUGGGAAUGGGUACUGGGCCCUCACCCCACUCCGGACCCCUCUCCGGUUAGCAGGGUCCCCUCGCCGAGUUGGGGUUUUUCUGGACUAUGAAGCCGGAGACAUUUCCUUCUACAACAUGAGUGACGGAUCCCUUAUCUAUACUUUCCCUAGCAUCUCCUUCUCUGGCCCCCUCCGUCCCUUCUUUUGUCUGUGGUCCUGCGGUAAAAAGCCCCUGACCAUCUGUUCAACUGCCAAUGGGCCUGAGAAAGUCACAGUCAUUGCUAAUGUCCAGGACGACAUUCCCUUGUCCCCGCUGGGGGAAGGCUCUGCUUCCGGAGACAGAGACACUCUCCAUUCUAAACUGAUCCCGUUCUCACCUAGCCAAGCACCUUAACAAGUAUUCCAGCUUCGUGACUUUGCCUUCCUCUGACUACUCUCCCUCAUGCCCCGAAGCUUCAGCUGUCAGCUUCUUGAAGCCCCGCCUCUUCCUGGUGGGUGGAGAUUAAUUCACAUUGAGAAGGUUAGGUGUGCUGUUGCCAGACAAGGCAGGAAGAAAGGCCAUCCUAGUUUGUUUUCUGUACUAACCUUGGGGAGGAAGAAGGCUGAAUCCUAAACUAUUUCCGGUGCUCAUAUUCCUUCAGGCCAUAGUCUAUAAAGGAGGACUUGGUACUGUCAUCUGAGGGACCAAGAGGUUGGCAUGAAAUUAUGGCAGAAACUUCUGAAAAAGGGGAAUGUGGAACAGCAGGUUUUAGGUAAAGGAGAGCCAAACCAAACCAUAGGAUGCUAAGAAAGAAAGAUCUUAGACUAAAAUCCUAUAAAAGCACUUAGAGAAGA